AAAAUUAGGUUGGGAUAGCUGUACAAUGUGUUGCAGUAACCAUAGGUCAUUUAAAUUCAAAAGUUUAAAAAGUUGUUAAAAAAUCUGAAUUAUAAAAAUCAUUUGGUUUUCUUUCAAGACUUGAAGGAUUUACAUUUGAAAUGAAAUGUGCGAAUUAAACAAAAAAUCUUACUGCGUUGGUAGAAGCGAAAAAUGGUUUCAACCGCUCAAAUUAUCAAAAUGGGAAAGUCCAUUGCCAUCAUCGAAAUCGUACUGGGAUGGCAUAUGUGCCGAAAUAGAAAAAAAAUACAAAAAAGUAAGCCAACCUCAUUCCUCCUCUUUUACUUCUAUACAGCCAAUACUUAAAAACCAACAACCUCACAAUCGUAAAUAUGAAACAUCUACUUUAAAAAGCAUUAAAAAUACACAAAAAUAUAAAUUAAAACCUGUUCAAGACUUUGACAAAGAAAUUCCUUCAAGUGCUAUAAAACAAAAGUCUGUUCGUUUUUCCGACUUGGAUACAGAAUUACCUAUUUCUAAUAAGAUUCAAACAGAAAUUCAGGAGAAUUAUGAGCCAAUAAAGGUGUAUACUACGAAAACUUGUCCACGGCAUAAAGUAAAAUUCGAAACUAUACCUAUUAAUGAAAUUCCUCAAUUUUUACAAACAAAAAGUUCCAUUCCUAAACUGCCUAUUGUGGCAACUGAAAAAAAAAUUCUCUGCGAACAUAGAAAAUCGGUUUGCAUCAAAUCAGCUUCAGCAUCUCUUGCGUGUUUGAAUACAGGUCAAAAGUCAAGUCCACAAAAAGAACCACAGAGAUCUAAAGCACCGAAGCUAAGAAUGGCAAGCCUCAUGCCAAGUUUUGCGAAAACUGUAACAAUCGAUAGCUCUUCGGGGACUCAGUCUUUCGAUUUAGACGUUGUAUCGAUUGAAAAUAAGUAUCAACGCGAUAAAAUUGAUGAAAGUAUAGAAAAAUAUUUUCUCAAAGAACAGCAAUCAAGAUUGAUAAGUUCUCAGCCAAGUUCCCAAAAUUUGUUAUCGACAGAUUAUUCAGACAAAGAAGAUAAAAAGGGAUCUCCAGAUGUAUCAUUAACGACGGAAGAUGAUUCUUUGAUAGUAGAACAAAGUUUCAGUUGUAAAAAUCCAUCUAUAGUUUACGAAACAAAAUAUUCUUCAGAAAGUGAAAAGUCACCAGUCAGUUAUACUGAUAAUAAAAUUGAUAACAAAGCAACUAUCAUACCUAAUGCAUCUGGUAAUUCUGAAAUAUCCAAAUCUAAUGACUUUAAAUUUCGUCGAUUAAAAAAUAACAGUAAACCAAUUGAUUCUGUAGAAAUAAAUAGAGAACUGAGAGAAAAAACCGAAAAUUAUCAAAAAUCUUAUCUACGAUCAAUGACGGAAGUAGAUUCAAAAAAAUCCAUCACAAUUUGUACUGAAUCUCGUAACAUUUCUGGUCCAAGUUCAGGUUUCGAAAAUAAAAUGGUCACUUCAUUGCCAUCAAGCACAUUACAAAGCAUUCCUUUGACCAACGUUUUUAACAGAUCACAUAUAGAUAAAUGCUAUGCUUGCUUGUUCAAACCAUUUGAGGGUAAAGAUGAAAUCAAACGAGAGUUACCUUUAGCUACACUCAAAUCUAUUAUUGACUGUUCACAACAUAUCGAAGUUGAAAGUACAACUAGUACUUCUACUGAAGAAGAUCAACCAAUUUUACCAAAUGUCAACAUUAAGGCAGAAACUCGUUUUGAUCACAUGAAACUAAAUCUUUGUUUAUCAGACUUUAGCGAAGUAAAAAAGAAAUGCGAUGAUUCCAAAGAAAUGAAAGUUUCGUUUGAAGGUUCUAUUUCAUCAACGCAAAAAAACACGUCUGAAACCUCAAUAUCAACCAAAUCAGCGCCAUUGACUCCAGAGCAUCACCUUUUUGAUCAAUCAAAUACUUCUCAAUCUCCAGAUCGCUCUAAGACUUCCACUCCAAGUAAUCAUAGUUCUGAUUCUGAAGAAACGCGACAACAAGACGAUGAUAAUCUACCUCCAUCAAAAUAUCUUGCUCCGUGCCACGCACCGGUUAUAUGGGUGAAACCUUUUGAACCUCUUCGUGCUUUAAAACAGAAAAAAGCAAUAUCAUUGCGAGCCAGAGUUGCAGCACUGACUGCGGCUUCCAGUGAAGGUAGCGAUGAUAGUGGCGAUGAAAUCGUAAUUUCUAGUAAAUCUUUAUUACAAAAACGAGAUGCAGCUGUUAUUCCUGUACAAGAAAAAAAUGACAGACGAGAAAAAGUAGACAAGAUGAAAAUAUUAGUACGCACAAAAACUCUGUUGGAAAUGCCAGUUUCUUUAAAAAGUAAUGUAGAGCUAGAGAAAAGUACAAGAUUUUUGAAAAGAUCAAAAACAACUCAUGAUCUUACUACAAUCAAUAAAGAGGUCAAAAUCGACUUUGAGAAAGUUGAUGAUAAGGAUAAUAAAAAUAAUCAAGAUGAAGAAAAAUAUGAAGAAAACAUAAAAAAAUCAUCAAUAUUUAAGGCUGAAAGUCCUCCUCUUUUAACAGUGACAGAGCAAGAAAUUCUCGCGAUUAUUAAUAAAUGUACUGAACAGGGUUUUGAUCCAACUAUUCUCUUAAACAUUUUAGCUGAUGAGUUCGUGCAAAAAAUGGAGCAAAAACUGUUAAUACAAUCAAAAAAAUUUUUAAAAUCCGAAACAUUUUGUCCUGACCUUGAAUUUUCCCAUAAACAGCCUCCACUUACCAAUUCCCGUCAAUUGAAGAAAAUCCUUCCUCCAAAAUCAUAUGAUCUGAUAGCUCCAAUACUGGGUCUUCCAAUACAUGCUCAAAAGCAUGUCGAUAAACAAGCCAAAGAAAAAAUUGAAGAAAGAAGUGAAGGCUCUGAGAACACGUGUUCACAAAUAACUUUCGAUAUGAUAGUACAACCUCCCACUGAACGAGAUUUACUUGAAACAAAUUCAAAAUCUCAAGGCACUCAAAAUCCAUAUGUGAUGUUUCUGCGAAAACCACGAAGGAAGGCUGUAGUAUGGCGAGCACUUUGCGAAGAGGACAUGAAAGGCUACAAUCCUGAAGCAACCCUAGAAAAGCGUACUGCAAGAUUAAUGAACCAGAUAUGCAAAGAUUUUUGUGAUUGGAUAAAGGAGCUGGGUAAAAAUAAGCAAAUUAUUGACGAAGACACGCUCAACAACAUGUUUGAGAUAAAUUUCUCAGCCGAAGUUUGCAAAGCAAGCCAAUUUAUUUUCAAAGAACUACCAACAGUGCCGAUGCCAUUGUUGAAAAUACGCAUCUGCCCAGAAGCCGGAGAGCUUGAGGCCACUCGUCGUUUCAUAGCUCGGGAUUUAGGAGUAGAAAAGUUGCCUAAAAAAGCACACGCUUUUGGUCGAACAUUACCAACCAAAUUGAGAUUCGCACCACCUCAGGGUCCUUCUUUAACCGAUCGAUGGUUGAACUGUCCACACAUACCGGAAGAUUUAGAGUCUAUGGAUACCAUCUGGAAAGGUAUUAUGCACCUCGACAGUGUCAAAUCAUUUAUAAAUUACUUGACUAAUGAUCCAAAGGAAUCUUCUCAAGAACUUUUAAAAGAUCUGUUGCAACGACAAAUUCACGAUCAAAAAAGUUUUAAAGAAAGCGAUAAGUCAAUGUUAUGGAGCAAGGACGAAGAGCAAACCAAAACCAUGCAUGAUUCUAUAAGCGAACAUGAAUCUGAAAAAAUGCAGGCAUUUUUAUUUUUUUAAUUAAGAGUUUGCUUCUAUUUGUGAAUAACCCUAGUAAAUUUACUAUAAAUCAUGUUGCUACAGAAAUUUCUGAAAAUUAUAGAUAUUUGAAAACUGAAAAGAUUUGAAAGUGGCGAUUAAAAAUAAUUUCAUUCAUUUCAUAUUUGUAAUUUAACAAAACACUGAAUAUUUGCUAGUGUUAGAUUAGAUUAUUAUUUAUGAUUUUUUGGGAUUUUUA